UGUGAUGGCACUGCAAGUCUGUAAAUCGGCCACCACUGGAUCCAAACGGCCACUGCUCCGUAGCAAGCAAGCCCUGCGGAGCCCUCCGCGAUGAAAUGUGUGUAUUCCAGAGACUCGUCCUCGAGAACACCGACGUAGGGAACAUGACGUAUGUAGGGAAAAUCCGGCAGGCCCAGUGGAUGGUAGGUACCUUUCACCCUCCCCGCCUACGAGGGUCUCCCAGUCUGAGGUCUCGGCGUCUCGCGGAUCUACUCCUACGGACUGGCCACGGCAGCUUAUUAUAUUGCACUCCCUAUCUUCUUCCUCCUUCUCCUUCUCGACGACUGGACGCCUUGUUGGCGGGCGGAGACUUCGUGUUCAUUCCGUGUGGGCGGCAGGCACCUGGUACGAUCACGAUCACGAUCCAUGGGGGGGCGAGACCUCAGACGCUCGCUCACGACGGUUCGUUUGGCAGGCCGCGACGCCAGUCAGCAGAGUUGUGCGGUAGUGGACGGCGUCGGGGACGUCUUGCAAACAUAAUAGAUACCUCACAGUCUAUUCAUAACCAGCACCCAGCUACCCAGUGUGUCGUGGCAACUGGCAAGGCUGGCCGCUGGCGAGACUCGAGAGAGCGUCGAUCAACUUGGAAAGGCUGGCGAGAGAGAACGUUGAUCGUAUCGUCAUGGGAAAUAGCAGGCAGGCUAGGGAAACAGGAGCCUCGUCGGUUGGCCAUUUGUGCAUACACCUGUAUGUAGCAGUAUUACGAAGGGGGCGGAACUUUGAGAACCUGCCUCGAGUUAGUUAUGCAUGUACCUACCGUAGUACCGUAGGUAUUAUAGAUACGGUGACAAGGUGACUCGGUGAGGUGAUGCCGAUGCUGAUGCCGAUAGUGAAGGACAGCGGGACUUGGGACGCAAGGAGUAAGACGGUAAGAUGGUAAGAUGUCGAAGCACGGGCGAUGGACUCGGAG